CUCCCCACAAGAACAUGUCUCUGGUGAAGGACCUCCUCCAUCCCUCUCCUGAAGAGGAGAAGCUGAAGCACAAGAAGAAGCAGCUGGUGCAGAGCCCCAACUCUUACUUCGUGGAUGUCAAGUGCCCAGGAUGCUAUAAGAUCACCACCGUCUUUAUGCACCGUCUUUUACCAUGCACAAAAGGUAUUUUGUGUGUUGGCUGUUCCACUGUCCUCUGCCAGCCUACAGCAGGAAAAGCAAGGCUUACAGAAGGAUGUUCCUUCAUACGGAAGCAGCACUGAAAGCACUCUGAACCAAGAUCAGAGGGAAAUCAUCCCA